GCUAGGCUCCUGAGGCUACACUGUCUGUCAGCACCAUGAGCAACAGGGGGCUGCUUCUGACAGAGGCUGAGGGCGCAGAGCUCCCCACGCAGCCGGCGAGCAGACGGAGCCGCUGCCUCUGCCGAGCGUUCUGUGCAGUCACUGUCCUCGGGCUGCUCGCUUACACUUCGUACCUGCUCUGCAGGCAGCUGGCAGGCUCACCGUCACACCAGACUUCGAGUUUGAUGGCGGAGGGUUCGGAGGGUGAGAGUGUGGAACCAGCCAGUACGGGGCUGCCGCAGGUCAUGAAUGUGGUCGGACGAGCUCCGAGGAAGGUCGCUGUCCAUCUGACAGCCUCCCCAAACUCCCAAGGAAAGAAGAGGGUGACCUGGAGGAAACGGGGACCCCUGCCAGCAGGCGUGGGGUUCAAGGGCAACGGUCUGGUUGUCAGGACGCCGGGCCGCUACUUCAUCUACAGCCAGGUGUCCUUCUACAGCCGGGGCUGCGGGGACAGGCCCGUCUUCCUCAGCCACCAGCUGCAGCGGCUCUCCUCCAGCUACCAGGGCCGGCAGACCCUGCUCAGCUCACUGACGUCCACCUGCCAGCACACCCAGCGUGGCGAGACCUGGUUCGAGGCUUCCUACCACGGCGCCGCCUUUGAGUUGUCUGCGGGAGACCAGAUAUUCUCCGCGGUCAGCCCCAACUCCGUGGCCUUCGUCAACAGAGAGGCGGAGAGGACCUACUUCGGACUGUUCGCUCUGUGAGGAGAGAUCUCCGAGACCAGCCC